AUGUUGAGAUCAGUGCUUUUCCUGACCACGGGCGUUUUCUUCGCUGCAAUCUGGACGUCAGUUACGUGUGAUGAGCCUUACAUGAACCUACCGAAAUGCAUGCAGCCUUUUGGCAUUACGGGCCUUUGUAUGGCCAGCAUCCAAAGCUACACGUACAAUCAAGGAACGAAGAAAUGCGAAAUCUUCAUCUACGGAGGAUGCGGCGGAAGCAAAAAUCGUUUCAAUACGAUAACCGAAUGUGAAAAUGAAUGUUUGAAAACAUGA